UUCGAAAAUCAAGAGUCAAAGGCUAACGACACGCGUCGCAUUUCGCUUGAUCGGCACGUGCUGUGCACGUGUUUCCAAUUGGAUUUAUAAGCGGAGGCGUUAGGUUAACCGUUAUGCACUUGUUGGACAAUUAGCCAACAUUAGUUUGUAACAUUGAAAAGAAAGGGUAACUGCAAUUGGCAAAAUGUUCUCAAUGGACAAUUUCGACUUGGAAGCGACGAUGGCUCGCCACUUCUUCGAGGGAUCGCAGGCAACGAAUGCCUCGAACUCCAGUUCCGAAUACUUUUUCGGAGAUGAGCACAGCUCGGAGAGCGACGAUGACGACGAUGCGUACAGCAGUGGCUUCAACAGCGACCAGGAGAACAACGAGAAGACCUACUCACUGUUUAGGCGGCGCAGUCACAAGCCCCGUCGCUUGAAGUGCGCCUCCCAGAUGGCCCAGCAGCGUCAGGCGGCGAAUCUUCGGGAGCGACGUCGCAUGCAAAGCAUCAAUGAAGCCUUCGAGGGUCUGCGUACCCAUAUACCUACACUGCCCUACGAGAAGCGACUGAGCAAGGUGGAUACGCUUAAGCUGGCUAUCAGUUAUAUAACAUUUUUGAGCGAAAUGGUCAAGAAGGAUAAGAACGGCAAUGAGGCGGGACUGAGCUUGCAGCGCAACUAUCAAAAGGAGCCGCCCAAGAAGAUCAUACUCAAGGAUCGCACCGGAGGAAUGUCGCACUCGUUAUCCUGGUAUCGCAAGGGCGAUCGCUAUCCGGGCAGCAAGCUCUAUGCACGCACAUGGACACCAGACGAUCCCAAUGGAGCGACCAAUCAGCAUCCAAUCCAGCCGCUCUAUAGCAACAAUGCUGCAAAGAGCAGCGGCUGCAGCAGCAACAAUUCGAAUUCUAGUCAAAAUCACAAUAGCAAUCAGAGCAGCGAGGACUUCAAUGUCAGUGGAAAUAUAAGAGAUGCCGCUGUCGGUCCUGGUGCUGGUGCUGGUGCUGCAGCGAACAUCUUUGGCAACGGAGGAGGUCUUUAAGAGAAUAUUCUUUAACUAUUGCAAUGCAACGCUCAAGCUAGUCAAGGCAUGCUAGUCAACGAUAUGGUAGUGGCACCUUUAACAGACACACACACAUGCAUAUAUAUGAAUAUAUAUAUAUAUAUUCCAAUUUUAAAAUAUUAUAAAAAU